UGGUGAAGGGCCUUGAGGGGAAGCCAUAUGAGGAGCAGCUGAGAUCACUUGGUCUGUUCAACCUGGAGGAGACCAAGGGGAGACCUCACUGCAGUCUAAAACCUCUUGUGAGAGGAAGAGAAGACCCAGACCCUGAUCUCUUCUCUGUGGUGACCAGUGACAGGACCUCAGGGAAUGGCCUGAAAUUGUGUCAGGGGAGGUUUAGGUUAGACAUUAGAAAAAGGUUCUUCACCCAGAGGGUGAAUGGGCACUGGAACAGGCUCCCCAGAGAAGUGGUCACAGCACUAAGCCUGACAGAGUUCAAGAAAAGUUUGGACAAUACUCCCAGGCACACAGUGUGACUUGGCAUAUUCUCGGAUUCUGCAAUCCCUGUUUAUUGAUGCAUUUUAGGACACCUCUGAGCUUUACCAAUGACAAAUCAUGGGCCAAAGUGCCCCUGAAUGAAACCAUCUCUCUCUUUUGCAGAAUCCAUGGGGGAACUCAACAGGGUGUCGCAACACCCCAGUGAUUGGCACAAAUGAGAUAUGCAGGGACAAGCCAUAGCACAGGGACAGGGUGCUGCAGGAGCUGUUCCCUGCACAAACACCAGCCAGAUCAGGACACACCUGCCCUCAGCCCUUAUCUUUUGAUACGGAACUUCAGCAGGAGGAAAGGUCCACAGGGCACUCCACUGCACGCCCCAAGUAAUCACCUCCUCAAUUUUAAAUUGAUUUCAGCCUUCACAUUAACCUGUGUGAGUUGCAUGUGCAGAGAAAAAGCUGCAGCCUUGUUUUCCAGAUAUGGGAGGAGCCAGAGCACCACUGACACUCCACCAUCUUCCCCUGCCCUGGCCAGAGACCAGUCACUGUUAAACCAGACGGGCAAGAGGCAGCUCCAGCAGAGCAACCCAAACGGCGUGAAGGAUCAUGGCAACCUAUGUGCAGCUGAGCACCACAGCCAAGAUGCCCCUCCUGGGGCUGGGCACCUGGAAGUCUCCAGCUGGGCAAGUAAAAGCUGCAGUGAUGGCUGCCAUUGAUGCUGGGUACCGCCACUUUGAUUGUGCCUAUGUGUACCUAAAUGAGAAUGAAAUUGGGGAAGGGAUCCAGCAAAAAAUCAAAGAAGUUGUGAAACGAGAAGGUCUCUUCGUUGUCAGUAAGCUGUGGUGCACAUUUCACGAGAAGCCUCUGGUGAAGGGAGCCUGCCAGAAGACUCUUGCCAACCUGAAACUGGAUUACCUGGAUCUCUACCUCAUCCACUGGCCUACUGGGUUCAAGGCAGGAAAGGAGCUGUUUCCCAAAGAUGACAAAGGCAUGGCUAUACCUAGCAACAGUGAUAUUCUACAGACGUGGGAGUCCAUGGAAGAGCUGGUGGACUGUGGUCUGGUAAAAGUCAUUGUUCACCAUGAGCAGAUUGAAAGAAUCUUGAACAAGCCAGGACUGAAGCAUGUCCAAGUAAGUUGCAAAAUUGAAUGUCAUCCAUACCUCACCCAGGAGAAGUUGAUCAAGUACUGCCAAUCCAAAGGGAUUGCUGUGACUGCAUACUGUCCUCUUGGCUCUCCUGAUAGACCAUGGGCUAAGCCAGGGGAUCCUUCCCUUCUGGAUGACCCCAUGAUCAAAGAGAUUGCAGCCAAGCACAACAAAACCCCAGCACAGGUUCUCCUUCGCUUCCAGAUCCAGAGAAAUGUGAUUGUGAUUCCCAAGUCUGUCACCCCACAGUGCAUUGUGGAGAACUUCAAGGUGUUUGACUUUGAAUUGACCAAAGAGGAGAUAGCAACUAUUCUGAGCUUUAACAGAAACUGGAGGAUCUGUGAAAUGAACACGUCCAAAAAUCUCAAGGAAUACCCUUUCCAUGCUGAAUACUGA